AUGGCCCCCAUACGUGUACAUGGUUUGUUUUGGUUUGAGUGCAAUACACUUUCAGUAGCAGAGUGUUUAUUCUCCAAUUCCUCAAUAAGCUGUAGUCGCUUUACGCUCGUAUUAGUUGCAAAGCGGCCCAAUCCUCCAUGUAUCCAUCAAUCCGUUAUUAUUCUGUCUAGACAAUCCGACAGUUGUUUCUCUCGUUUCCUUCUUUUUUCUUUCCUUCAGCCCUCUCUGCCUGUAACUGCCAUGGCAGAGAUGGUGGGAGGAAACCUUCGAGAUGCUGUUCAAGAUGAUCAUGUUUUGGGCUUGUUCAGGCUGAGUGCGUGUAGGACCAUUGCAUUUCGAUUCGUCGUGGAUCCUCAGCCAGAAGCAAGGCUUCCUAUGCCUGUCAUAGUUAGUAUGCUGCUAAUAACGACUUCUCUACUUUCAGCUGACAGGGAAGAACGGGGAGCACUCUUAGAUGAAAGAUAG